AUGAAGACUAAGAGGGCUGACUUCGCCUCAGCUUUCCUCAGGGGCAGGAUGGUUGUAGCAGGAGGACUCGGUGAGGGAGGGAGUGUGAAUGUGUGUGUAUAUGUGCUUGUAUACGUGUGUUUUUGAUGACACCUAGUUGGUCUUGACAAUGUGUGAUGGCCGUGUGUGGUCCCCAGGUCACCAGCCCUCAGUUCUGGACACGGUGGAAGCCUUCCACCCUCAGAAAAGGAAGUGGGAGAGACUGGCUCCUAUGGCAAUGCCACGAUGCUCCGCCUCCUCCAUCGUCAUCAGGGACCGCCUGCUGGUGGUUGGAGGAGUCAACCAGGUGCUGGAAUAUUGCUCUGCAUGUUGUCACACACAUACACUUGUUUUUUUAACUCUGUCUCUGUCUAUCUGUCUACAAGGUCCCUAGUUCAGCCCAUGAGAUCCUGUAUGUGAAAGAGGAGGAGUGUCUGUAG